AUGUCUCGAGAGAAAACGGAUGUGAUUCUGAAACAAGUUGUGAAACAUUUCUUGGUCGAGAAAGAGGUUACAUCGACUUUGGUGAUAGAUUUCUUGUUUCAUGGGUUAAAAUCUCUUGAAGAGAAAGGCAACAAGGAGAGAACAAUACAUAGAAUUUCAAAACAAGUUAUGAACCUCGUCAUCGAUGAUUUGGAGUCUUUGGAAAAUAAGUUGAAGUGUCUUGACGACGAAACUAAUGCCAAAGAAAUUCCAGCUGCUACAAUUGUUAGUGUGGAGAAAGAUAUGUUUGUUUUAGUUGACGAUGCGAUGUUACUCAUAGAGGAAGCUGUUCCUAUCAACCGUUUGGAGGUUGGUGAUGUAGGAGAGCGUAAUGAGAAACUAUUAACUGAUGUUGCUAGACGGGCUUUGGAGGUAUUUGUUCUUGAUCAUAUCUUCUACAACAAAAUUGAAGUUGCAUACAAAGAAGCUAUUGCAUUGAAAAGGCAAGAAGAGCUUAUUCGCCAAGAAGCUAAUAGUAAUAACAAGAGAAGAACAAAGAAGUCAACUAAAACCACGUGA